AUGGCUAUAAAUGUGUAUUCAACUAAUGUGACAUCUGAUAACCUAAGUCGUCAUGACAUGUUAGCAUGGGUAAAUGAUACUCUGUCUGCAAGUUUUACGAAAAUAGAAGAACUAUGUUCAGGUGCUGCUUACUGUCAAUUUAUGGAUAUGUUAUUCCCUGGUAGUGUGCAAAUGAAACGAGUCAAGUUUAGAACAAAUCUUGAACAUGAAUAUAUACAAAAUUUUAAAAUACUUCAAGGGGCUUUUAAAAAGAUGGCUGUUGACAAGGUGAUACCUGUUGACCGCUUAAUCAAAGGACGUUUUCAAGACAAUUUUGAAUUUUUACAAUGGUUCAAAAAGUUUUUUGAUGCUAAUUAUGAUGGACGUGAUUAUGAUGGCCUUGAUGCUCGUGGUGGUGUUAUGAUUGGUUCUGGUGCAGCAGAAGUGUGUGGAUUUCAAGCACCUCCACCAUAUCGUGUACCACAAGCUGCUCGUGCUUAUAAAAGCCCGUCCUAUGGACAUGUGUCUAAUCGUGUACCCACAACAAGACCAGCAGCACCAGCCAAUCAGCGUGAUAGAGGCGAUCAUAAAAUUGAUGAACUUACUAGACAGAUGAGUGAAUUGAGAGUUACAGUUGAGGGUUUGGAAAAAGAACGUGAUUUCUAUUUUGGUAAAUUGCGUGAUAUAGAGGUGAUAUGCCAGGAACAAGAAAGUGAACAUCCAUUAUUCUCUAAAGUAUUGGAAAUUCUUUAUGCCACUGAGGAAGGAUUUGCUGCUCCAGAAGAGGUUGAUACUAACAAUCACGAUGAUGAUGAAGCUUACUAA